GCGCGAGCGGCGGUCUUACAGGUCUCUGCCCUCUGCAGUCUGCAUGCCUCGCUGCGUCUGCGCACCUACAUUCCACACUCGUUAGCUUAUUUUUAAACCAACUCUUAAAGCGAAAAAAAUAACAACGAAAAAGACUAGGUGCUAGUCAAGUGUUUCACCACGUAGAAGUUAUCGGUGUGACAUCAAAAAGUGGUUUUUAUCCUGUGGUGUUAUGUGAAAUGAUGCGAAUUAUUCUUGCGAGUUUUUGAAGUGGUUUUGUGUGUAAGCUCUAUGGAUCUCAAAAGCUCUGUCGGUUCAACGUCAAAGGGCAUAAUGUGGAUACUCCUGCUGCUCUUCAUGCCAUAUGCCUUGGGCCAGCAGCCAUGGGUGCCCUGUUCCGAGCUCAACGACGACCUUCGCUACCCGUGUCGAUGCAAAGUGAAAGUCGAUCGGGCUUUGCAACUGCGUAUCUUGAUGAACUGCGAUCGAGUGGUGUUUGCUGGAGAUUUCCCAGCCCUGCCUUAUGGAGCUCCUAUUGAGGCAUUCAGUCAGCGGUGGGCCGGGCAACAGUCUUUACCAACACAGAUUUUUUCAUCGUACGGCCUACCACUGAAAGAGCUAGACUUUUCUCAUAAUAGCCUGCGCAGACUGCCCGACCGCCUUCUAGCGGGCAUUCGAGGAAAUAUCACCAAGUUGGUUCUAGCUGAUAACCUCCUAGGUGAUAACCUGAACCCAAUAUUUUCUACCGCCGAGUUCCAUAACCUGCCUGUUUUGGAGGAGCUGGAUUUAAGUGGGAACAGUAUAAGAGGUUUGGAAGAAGGACUUCUGAUUGGAUGUGAUGUUUUAAAGGUAUUACGCCUGGACCGUAACAAUAUGAAUUCCGUGCCGUCCUCCUCGCUCAAUGGGCCGCAGUCAUUAAAAGUUCUCUCGCUGAGGGAAAACAGAAUAGGCACAAUAAGGCAAGCUGCGUUUAUAUCACAGAAGACAUUGGAGGAGAUAGAUUUGCAUGGCAAUAUGAUUUCCACAAUCGAAGGCGGUGCAUUCAUCAGCCUUAGCGAAAUACAAAGCCUCGAUCUAGGUCGGAACAGGCUCUCGAAGAUUAACAGUGACGUAUUUCAAGGUAUCGAGAACUUGGAGAGAUUGGAUCUGUCUGAGAACUUCAUAGCCGACUUCCCGACUGUUGCGCUCAAAUCUUUCGGCAAUCUCAAGCAUUUGAAUCUUUCAAGCAACAUGAUUUCUAACAUGGAUCCGAGCCACCUUAACUCCUUGAGCUCCCUGGAAGUGCUAGACUUGAGUAGAAAUAACCUUGUGAAGUUAUCCCCUGGUACGUUCGUCGGGCUGACGGAUCUAAGAUAUUUGGACAUCGGAGUUAAUUCUUUACGAACUGUGGAGGAUGAUGCCUUCGAUGGUUUGACAAGUCUUCAAACUCUGUUGUUGAGAGACAACAAUAUUCUCCUCAUACCUGCAUCCGCACUAUCUCGAUUGCCGAGCCUCACUUCUAUACAUUUAGAGUACAAUAGAGUAACCGCGUUAUCAAGCGAUAUAUUGAGAUCAGUUUCUGACAGGAUAACUUCUUUGGUACUCUCACGGAAUGUUAUAAGAGAAUUACCACCAGCUGCGUUUGAGCAUUUCAAAAAUUUACGACACUUGGAUUUAUCAGGAAAUCUCUUAAACUCAAUAUCGGCAGAUGUUUUUAGUGGCCUGGAAACGACUCUUGAGUUUUUGUCUCUAAAUCAAAAUAGGAUAUUAGGCUUUACUGGAGAACAACUGAAGUUUGUGAGCCUAUGGUAUUUAGACAUUUCUGGUAAUCAGAUUUCAGAAAUCCCGGUAAACGCUUUUCAAUCUAUUCCAAGCUUAACGCAUUUGAAUAUGAGCCAUAAUUUGCAUAUUAAUGUACUGCCUCAAAAUUUGUUUAAUUCUAACGACGCAUUAUUAACAAUUGACAUAAGCCACGUUGGUUUAAAGGCACUUCCAGUUAAUUUGUUUUCGAAAACUCAUAAUUUAGAACAAAUUUAUCUAUCGCAUAAUAGUUUGCAGGAAAUAUCUGAAGGAACUUUUAAAAAUCUUAAGAAUUUAACUCAUUUAGACUUGUCUUAUAAUAAUAUAGUCACUAUUAGAACACCUGCUUUUGUAAAUGUUAUGUCUAUACAGUAUUUAUCUUUAAAAGGAAAUCAAUUAAACGCUUUCAAAGGUGAAUUCUUUAAUACGGGAACUAGUUUGGAAGUUAUAGACGUUUCCGAGAAUCAAUUGAGUUAUCUAUUCCCGUCUUCAUUCAAAAUUCAUCCAAGGUUAAGAGAAAUCAUACUUACCGACAAUAAAUUUAACUUCUUCCCUUCAGAACUUAUAAGUACCUUACAAUAUUUGGAACUCAUAGAUCUAUCUGGAAAUGCUUUGAAGAAUGUUGAUGAAUUAGAUUUUGCUCGCUUACCUAAAUUAAGAUUGAUUUUACUAGCGAGAAAUGAACUUGAAACUGUGAGUGAAAUGGCUUUCCACAAUUCAUCUCAGAUUCAACAUUUAGAUCUAUCAUACAAUAAAAUUGACCGACUAGGUGAUAGACUUUUUGAAGGUCUCAUUAGGUUAGAACUCCUCAAUCUGAAAGGAAAUGUCCUAACUGAACUUCCUGAUAAUAUUUUUGAUAGAUCUAGAUUGCAUAUGCUGGAGUCAAUUAUACUUAGUCAUAAUUUAUUUGAACAAGCCCCAUUGAAAGCUUUACAAAAACAAUACUUCUUCGUGUCCUCUGUAGAUUUGUCUUACAAUGAUAUUGUGGAUAUACCAGCUGAAGACAGUGUAAUGGUCAAUAUAAAAAAGUUAGAUCUUUCAUUUAAUCCUCUAUCAGAAAAAACUAUUAGCAACGUUUUGACCGAACCAAAAACUGUUAGGGAUUUAAAUUUGGCUGGCACUGGAAUGAAAUCAGUUGGACAGUUAGAAACUCCAUUUUUACACAAAUUAAAUUUAUCAUACAACAACAUUACCAAACUUACUGUAAAGACAUUUACUAGAACCACUUUACUGGAAUCUUUAGAUUUGUCAAAUAAUCAAAUUGGAGAUGUUUCUAAUGCAUUAGCUAUUUCAUGGCCAAAAUUAAAAAAUCUCUUGAGAUUAAAUAUUUCUGAUAAUCCUAUUAUAAUGGUGCUUGAAGGAAAUUUCGAAAACCUUACAUCUCUUCAAAUCUUAGAUAUGAGGAAUUUAGAAAAAUGCACGAAAAUUGAAAAGAAUGCAUUCAGGACACUAUCAAACUUGGUCGAAUUCCGAGCAUAUGGGUAUCCCAGAUUGGGAUACUUUGAUGUCCAAGGUGCCUUGCAAUAUUUAUUGGCACUUGAAAAGUUAGAUGUGGAGGUAAAGGAUACCAAUAUAGGACCAGAUCAAUUGCAUUCAAUAUUGCAUCCACGUCUCGAGGAGUUAGGUUUAAGAGGUGAUCGAUUGAGGACUGUAUCUUCGGGUGUUCUCGCAGGUUUAAAAGCACCUACUAUCACUGUUCGAUUACGUAAUACAUCCGUUACAAAUCUGCCACCAGCACUGCUAUUUCCUUUGCCACGAUCAUCUAGGAUAACUAUUGAUGUAGGUGGAAGUCAGUUAACUACUUUGCAACCUCAAUUAUUGGUUGCACUUGAUGAUCGCCGUGCAGAUUUAUCGAUGUUUGGAUUAGACACUAAUCCUAUUCGCUGUGAUUGCAACACAAGGGCAUUAAGAAGAUGGAUUCCUACUGUUGGUAUUGAUGAAGUGCGAUGCAGUUCUCCUGAACAUUUAGCCGGAUUUUUACUUAUUGAAAUAGGUGAUGAUGAGCUUUCUUGUGACACACGGCGGAGAACUACUGCUACGUCUUCUUCAAGUAGCAUUUCGACCACAGCCCCGCCACGUCUUGUACAUCGCACAUCUGCAGAACCUGAUAUAAUAUGGUCAGUAGCGCCAUCUCAUGAACGGCCAAAAGUUCCAGGAGAGCCAAAAGGAGCACCUGUGCUUGGUGUUGCUACCUCGUCAAAUGAUGAUAACUUGAUCAUUGGAAUAGUAGGAGGAGUCGUAGCAUUCAUUGCUAUUCUAAUAGUUGCUAUAUGUAUAGUUCGUCUUCGAAUGACAACCACGUCUUAUAGAGGUGGUCCGUUAGCCAACAGUCCAGGAGCUGGUGGAGCUCCGUUGUGGGGUGCAGCUUGGCCCGGUUAUGCGGGCACAUUGCCACCUCCUUCAUUAUCAACAGCGACUUUACCUCACAAAAUUCAGUCAGGUCCUGGGUCAGUGCGCUAUUUAGCAGCGCCACCACCCCCAGCACCAUAUUUUAUAAGUCUUCCACCACAUGAAGAUAAAAUUUAUCGGUAGAAUAACCAACAACAUUUGUGUAUAUUAAGAGCAGCCAUAUACGGACAGCUUGUUUCGAGCUGCGAGUUUAGAAAAUUAACAAUAUUCCUUUCAUUAUCAUACAUGAGACGGUAAGACCACUCGGUCGAGCGUUCUACAGUUGACAGUGGCUGCUCGAGUGGUUCGUGUGCAUUGUUAACGAUCAAUCGCUCAAGAAUUCCGUGUAUGGCUGCUGGUGUUAAUUUUUUAAUCGCCGUAACUGACAAAGGAAAUUGUAUUUUGAGAAUUUCUGUCAAAAUGUCAAAUUGAUUCCGUACGUAGUUAUUUGGCGAUUGAAAAUAUGUCAUUAAUUUAAUAGACGAGACGUGAAAGACGAGGUGUGUAAAUAUACUAUUAAAUUAUUUGGAAUAUUUUAGAUACUCUUAAAAAAGAUGCUUGUAAUUUGUGCUUAGUUUUAGUAUCAGAAUGGUGCCUUUUGUUUAUGAGAGUAUUUAUGUGACUGUUUAGGUUGGUUUUCAAUAGGUAAAGCAUCAUGACAUAAUAUUGUUAAACUGGGUUAGGUUGGAACUAUCUAGUCACCAGUGACAAUGGAAUAAGGUGCCUCAAUAUGUGAAUAGUAUGUCGACUAAGGCUGGAUUCUGAUGGUUGCGACCAUAAUAUUAUGAACAAAAUAUGUAUGAUAAAUAUUUCGAAACUCUAUACACACUUAGUCGUGCGACCAUCUGAACUGAGCCUUAAUAUAAUUUAUAAAAUGUAGUGACUAAAACAAAUGAAUUCAUUUAGACGGAUUUUAAUACAGCCUAUACAGCAUGAAUUUUGUAUAGUAAUAUUUAUUUAAACUAAGAGCUUAAAAUAUUAUGUAGAAUAAGUUAAUAAGGCUUAGUUUAAUUUAUGUUUAGUUAGUUUUUAAUUCAUUAAAUGUUAUAAAUUAAA